CACAUACUCUCUGUGCCGUAUCGACGUUGCCAGGUAUCCUUCAUUUUCCAUUCCUCCUACAUUGCAUUCUUACCUCCGUGCACUUUACCAGAUAAAAAAAAAUAAAAAUAAACGCCGUACACUUUCCCUUCUCGAACAAUGGGUCAAACAGACUAUGACCUGCUUAUCGAAAUGGGUUUCAAUCCUGAGCGAGCAACACUCGCACUGAAAAAGACUGGUGGUCUUCAGGAUGCCCUGACCUGGCUUGAGAAUAACGAAGAGAUACCCAUAGAACAGCUCAAAGGCUCGGCUGAUCAACUACUCGAUCCCGGUUUAUCUUCUGUCCCCACCGGUAGCGGUGGAGAUGAUGACUACGAUGGUGAUGAAAAGCCUGAAAUACCUGGUACCGCUGCUAGUAUCAAAUGUUCCGAGUGUGGAAAGCUGUUUUCGGAUUCAGUUCGCGCGGAAUACCACGCUACAAGAACCCAACAUACAGAGUUCGAGGAAUCUACGGAAAUCAUUCAACCCCUUACAGAGGAGGAAAAGGUUGCGAAGCUUCGGGAACUUCGAGAAAGAUUGACCGAGAAGAGAGCCGCACAAGCCCAGAAAGACCGCGAAGAAGCGAAGAAAAAUGAGCUGAUUCGUCGCAAAAAGGGACAGGAAUCCGAGAAGAUUAAAGAGGAGUUAAAGAAAAAAGAACAACUCAAGGAAGUCGAGAAGCGCAAACGGGAGAAGCAAGAGGAGCUUGCUGCUAAGGAAAGGGUUCGUCAACAGAUAAAGGAAACUCAAGAGGCUAGAAGAAGACAAGCAGAGAAAGAGAGAGCGGCUCGAGAGGGUAAAAUGGUAGAGGAACCAGCGGCUGCGGCACCGAAGCCAGUUCCUCCCAGAGCUGCUACCGCUCAUUCAGAAACCCGUUUGCAAUUGCGUUUACCCACUAGCCAACCGCCGUUGAUUAAGACCUUUCCUGCUGAAACCACACUCUUCGAAGUAGCACAAACUGUCAAAGAAGAGAGGGGAUUCGAUGCCUCUUCCUUCACGAUGACAUUUCCCCGAAAAGUAUACCAUCAAGGAAUCGACUUUGGCAUGACACUUAAGGAAGCUGGGAUGGUCCCAUCCUGUGCGCUACUUGUUAAUUAGUUGUGAAGGCGAUGCCGCCUUGAGUCGAAUGAUAUCCCUUCUGGUGGUGUAAUCUUUAAGAAAAAAGAAAAAAAUGAUGGAACUCUAGAAAAUUUGAGGGUACAUUCUCCUGUAGUUCCGAAUACUAAUCAGAAGUUCUGCAUAGGGUCUCAAGGCUCACCGGACGGUCUUCCUCCUCGGAACCUAACAUACUGGCAUCUCGAGCAAUAACCUUAUAGCAAUGCCGAUCAACGGUUAAGCAACACUUCAGAAAAUAUGUAUACAAAAUAUUUGCAACUUGUCUAUGGGAGUAGGUGGGUAAAAGUGUAGUCGAGGGUGGCUUCCCGUGGCCCAUCGUCAGGUGACCUGAGUGUGAUAUUCAAAUACGCCAGACUAGUUUGCGAUUCGUAUGCAGGUGAUAUGUAGGGAUCCUACGUGGUCCUGUCAUGAAAUGCGCUAGGGAAUGCCAUAUAUAGAUUUUAUGGAAGAUCACUUUAAAAACUGGAAGGGUCCAUCGCUAGUAGUAUCGAUGAGGGGAAACAAAGGCCUGUUUAUUGGAAUUUAUGAGAGUCACUCAGUGAGGAAAGGAGGAUCAGAGUGUUUUCGACACUUCAUGCAUUCGGACGCUGGCCAGGAGUUGUGGCAUGACGGGACCUCUGCCACGCGUUUUCUCUGAUCAGAGAAAGAAAGUGGAUGGGUCCAAUGAAGGUAGAAUGGAAGGUUUAUGAUUCCAGUUUCUAUCCACUGCCCAUAAUUGUCCCAUAUUAAUGGGAAAAAAGAAAAAAAAAACCCAUAUACUAAGUUCUUGGGAGGACCUAAACUGGGAGACAAGUGAUCGAUCGAACCUCA